CCGUGCCUUUGGAGCAGACGAAGCUUCCUCUCUGGAGACGGCGAAGCAAAGCCGGGACUGUUAUGAAGGUUUUGCACCCUGCAGCUAGACUACUAUGCGGAGUAUAACAGAGACAAUACUCGGGCGGGUUCGGCGGGGUCACUGUGUAGUGCGGGAUAGCUAAUAAACACAAGGAACGCGUUGGGAGGACUGGCAAGUGAUCCGAGCGACACCCGUGGCUGGUCUAGACUGGGGACGUGUCGUGUACCGAUAUGUAAAGAAUGCCAGGAAGUUGAGUGAUAAGGGUUAUAAAAGCAAGCUGGGUCCCUCUUAGCCGGGAGAAAACGCCAUCCAGCACGCCCCUGGCCUCUUUUAUCGAUUUAACCUUUUUUUGGGCUAUCUUAUGCAAACACGUUCGUCUUGCCACCGAACAGUCGGUGGCAGUCAGGAUAACAAUCAUCGUCGCCGGCCCAGCCCGAUUCAACUUGGAGUCAACCAGCGAACACAUCAUACAACUAGAACGGUGUUGCCAGGGCCCUCGUCGCCUCUUGCACGGUACUCGUUGACAGCAGUAGUCGACGAACGUGUGAGCCGAGAAUUGGACAUAGUAGGGCGACGAGUUAUCCAACGUAAAUCUGUUUGCGGGCUCAUACCGGAAGAAUUGGGGGGUCUGAGCUCGGAUUUGUCCGCGACUCUCCACAACCAUAUCGAUCUCAGCUCCGAGUUUCUUAAGCGACACCACAAGCCAAGAUCGCCCCCCACAAGGACGUUUUCUGACCCUCUGAUCCUUUCCACCAACACCACCCAACCGAUACACAUUCCAAAGUACUUAUAUACCUCGUCCCACUGCCGUCGUCCGCCACUGACAUCUAUAUCCAGUACCAUGGCUACCCUUGCACCUCGUGCAGACUCCUUCAACGCUCGUGUCCGUGGCAGUAGCCACAUCGACUUCAAGACAGCCACCACUGGCGUUGCUGCCAAGGCCAUGCGCAACGAGAUUGCUCGUCUCGUCAACACGGUCGAAGAUCCUGCCACGAAGAGGGCUUUCGAUACCGAGAUGCAGUCUUUCUUUUAUCUUUUCACCCGGUAUCUCUCAGAACGCGCAAAGAGCGUGGACAUGCACGUCGUUUCAUCACAUUUACCUGACUGGGAUCGUAUAAAGUCCCCCGCCGGCGACCAGAUCGUUCCCUACGAUUCCCUUUCGCAACCGCGGGACAACAGUAACUUCAACAAACUUGCUGUUCUCAAAGUAAACGGAGGUCUCGGUACCUCUAUGGGUAUGACCGGGGCCAAGAGUGCUCUCGAAGUCAAGGAUGACAUGACCUUUCUCGAUCUGACCGUCCGUCAGAUUGAACAUCUCAAUAUGACUAACGGUGUUAAUGUUCCGCUUAUCCUCAUGACGUCGUUUAAUACCCACGAGGACACCCUCCGUAUUAUCAAAAAGUACGCCAACCAACAGGUCCAGAUCACCACUUUCAACCAGUCGCGGUACCCCCGUAUUUACAAGGAGACUCUUCUCCCGUGCCCGAAGCGUGCCGAUGACGACAAGAAACAUUGGUACCCUCCCGGUCAUGGUGACUUGUACAAUGCUAUACACCAGUCUGGGGUCUUGGAUCAGCUCAUCGCGGAAGGUAAAGAGUACCUGUUUGUAUCCAACUCUGAUAACCUGGGUGCUGUCAUGUCAGUGUGGACUGAGAAGAUCUUGCAACAUAUGAUCGACUCGCAGGCAGAGUUCUUGAUGGAGGUCACCGACAAGACCAAGGCUGAUAUCAAGGGUGGAACGCUUAUUGAUUACGAGGGCUCCGUUCGUUUGCUUGAGAUUGCCCAAGUCCCUUCAGAACACGUUGAGGAUUUCAAAUCUGUCCGCAAAUUCAAGAUCUUCAACACUAAUAACUUGUGGGUCAACCUCAGGGCAUUGAAGCGCGUAAUGGAGAAUGAGGGUAUGGAGCUCGAGAUUAUCGUUAAUCCCAAGGCAACCGACGACGGCCACCCCGUCAUCCAGCUGGAAACUGCGGCAGGUGCCGCGAUCAAGCACUUCAAAAAUGGUCACGGUGUAAACGUUCCCCGUUCCCGCUUCCUUCCUGUCAAGUCUUGCUCCGAUCUCUUACUUAUCAAGAGUGAUAUCUAUUCUCUGCGCCACGGGCAGCUCAUCCUCAACGAGAGCAGGAUGUUCGAGACUAUCCCCGUGAUCAAGCUUGGUGAUCACUUCAAGAAGAUCCAGCAGUUCCAGAAACGGUUCAAAAAGAUCCCGAAAAUCAUUGAGCUUGACCAUCUUACCGUCACUGGCGACGUGUACUUUGGUAGGAACGUGACUCUCAGGGGAACUGUUAUCGUCGUUGCCAACGAGGGGCAGCGUAUUGACAUUCCUGAUGGCUGCAUCCUUGAAAACCGUCUGUUGUCUGGAAACCUUAAUAUGAUCGAAUUGUAGGGAGUGUAGUGUCUCCUUGAUCAGGCGCGGUAUAUUAGCAUUUGCGAACGCUGCUACGUUUGUCGUUUACCCGACUGUGGAAAAUAUACGUAUGAAGGAUGGACUUUACUGGUUAUUAGACUCGGAAAUUGAUACAAAAAAUUCGAUGCAAGCUGUAGUUGUAUAUUCUUGCGAUGCGAUUCUGUCCCGUAGCAACACGUGACAAGCAAUGCUAGCUUGUCACGUGGUGACUAUGUACAACUUGGUGAACGUUCU